GAACGUCACUGACUUGACCGGGAAGGUCAACCGUGGCCGAGGGCGGGCGCGCGCCCACCGCACGCUCCGGGGUCGCCGGCGCAUGCGCGCGGGGUCGCCGGAACUGUACCUGCCGCUCGUCGGUGAAGCCCGCCUUUCGGGCUCAGCCCUGGCACCCAUGCUGGGCCGGCUGGGCGGGAGGUGGCUGCGGCCGCCGCCUGUCCUGCAGCCCGGGGCCCCGGGCCCGCACUUUGCUCCGGCCGCAACCGGCGGUGCCAGGCGCGCGGCUCUGCCAGCGUGGGCGGUGGCCUCCGUGUCUGCAGUUGACCCGGGCGGCGCGGGCGGCUGGUACGAGGCGCUGGCCGCUUCGGCGCCGGUGCAAGGCGCGGAGGAGAUGCUGCUCGCGGCGCACGGCGUCACGGGCCUGCCCUGGUGGGGCAGCAUCCUCUUCACCACCGUGGCCCUGCGCGGCGCCGUCACGCUGCCCCUGGCGGCCUACCAGCACUACAUCCUGGCCAAGGUGGAAAAUUUGCAACCAGAAAUACAAAAUAUUGCACAACACCUUAACCAUGAAGUUGCAGUUCGUGCAAAACAGUUGGGGUGGUCCAAAAGAGUUGCCAGGUUCACUUAUCUAAAGAAUAUGCAGAGGCUUGUUUCAGAGCUGUACAUUCGGGAUAAUUGCCACCCUUUCAAAGCCACAGUGUUGGUCUGGAUUCAGCUUCCAAUGUGGAUCUUUAUGUCUGUCGCUCUGCGGAAUUUUAGCACAGGAGCAACACAUUCAGAAGGUUUUUCUGUCCAGGAGCAGUUAGCGACUGGUGGGGUCCUGUGGUUUCCUGACCUCACUGCACUGGAUUCCACUUGGAUUCUGCCUAUCUGCAUUGGUGCCAUCAAUUUAAUAAUAGUAGAGAUUGUUGCUCUACAAAAAGUUGGAAUGUCUCGUUUUCAGACGGGUGUUACCUACUUUGUUCGGGGAAUAUCAGUGUUGAUGAUUCCAAUUGCUGCGACAGUACCUUCGUCACUUGUUCUCUACUGGUUAUGCUCCAGCUUCAUGGGCCUUUCACAGAACUUGCUGCUGCGUUCUCCUAGGUUUCGCCAAUUUUGCCGUAUACCGUUGACCAAGGGAGAUUCAGACACUCCUUAUAAGGACCUCUUUGCUGCUUUCUACGCCAAGUACAUUUCAAGGAAAUGACAUACUUUUCAGCGAUUUUGAAACAGAAGUAUUACUAACACUUUAAUAUACUUAGAAGAUUUAUUCAGAUAUGAUUUAAUUUGCCCUUAUUUAAAAUCUUGAACUCUGUGAAGUAUUGUGUUAAAAUAUAAUCCAGUUGUAAUUGACAGUACUUAAAAUCUUUUAAAUGCUAGUAUGUAGGUGGCAUGUUUGUUUUGUACCCUAAGAAUAUAAAAGUGCCUGGUUCUGUUUAUAGAAUUACAACUUGCUAGAGGUGGUAGAAGUUUGGAGAACAGGACUAGAUACUAAAUGAUGUCAAAUUGUACUGAAUAGUCCCACCCAUGAAAAUUAUAUAAAACAAGAGAAUCCAAUGAGGCAUUUCUAAAGAUUUUGGAGGUCUGAAUGGUCAUAUUCCUGUUUGAGCAUCUAAUGAAACGAUGUUUUCUCUUCAGAAAAAUCCUCAGACUGACAACAUGGGGGCCUUCAGACCCUGAAAUGCCUCUGGUGACUCCCGGUUAAGAAAUCUUAUUUGAAUGGAACUUACAUUAGCAGUGAGUCAUUUUGUGAUUUUUUUAAAAAAAUGGACUUGAGAUACAUGGUGGUAGAGGAGUCCAUGCAUGCAAGAAAGUACCUAAUAUGGUAGGUGGUGUGGCCUCUUAACCACAUUCUGAAAGAAGACAGACAGUGUACAUUCCUUUUCCUAAGAUUUAAGAAGUCUGAAAUACAAAGUAUAGAACUAAGUACUACUAGAGCAAAGUGAAACAACUUAAGCUUAAGCUUGUUUAAUCAAAGGAGAGUAAACCAGAUGGGCUAUUGAUUUUGGAGCUGAUUUUAUAAACUUAUUUAUUUGGGAGGAUUAAGUACUCUGAUGAGUUUUAACAGUGGUAGAGGUUUGAUAUAGGAAAAAUUGACAGGUAAUAUAAAUUGUGGACCUAGUAGUCUGCUUGUUUAACUCAAAAAGAUGAUGAAAUUAAUUCUGGUUGAGAUAUUUAGGAAUAAAUUUGACAGGUAUUUGAGAAGAUUACAAAUUUUCACUGAGUUGGAAUAUGAACCUGUUUCUGAGAUGCCCUAUCAUUCCAUCUUAUGUUUUACAAUAAAAACUAAAAUGAGCCCUAACCGGUUUGGCUCAGUGGAUAGAGCGUUGGCCUGCGGACUGAAGGGUCCCAGGUUCGAUUCUGGUCAAGGGCAUGUACCUUGGUUGUGGGCACAUCCCCCA